AAUUUUAGUACCCUCGUAGUUCCAAUUCCAUGGAAUCUUCUUCUCUUUGAACCCUUUUAGAUUCUGGGUUGCUACAGUCAGCUGUAAAAAACCCUAAUUUAUGUCUCUCGUUCUCGUCGUGCAAAAACCCUAAACCCUGGGAAUUGUGAGAUCUCAUGUUUCAGUCACUUGUUAAAUCUUGUAAAGUUCAAGUCUUUUCACAAGAAAAAAAUGGUGGAGGUGUGGUGGUCACUGAUAGGAGCAGCAGUACCUGCACUAGUUGCAGGUCAAGCAUGGAGGAUAAAGAAGAGACGUGGAGAUGAAGAGAGGAUUAAGAGUGCUAGAGGAAGAGAGAAGAGCUCUGAUGAAAUCUUUGUCUGUGAAAGAGUUUGCACUUCUAAAAGAAUGCUCAAGAAAGUUGGCGCUUUCUCUAAAGAUCCCAUUCCCGACACUUGUGUUACUGUCUGCGGCGUAUCUGAGCUUGACGCUUGCUCUGAUGCUUGUGCUCGAACUGUUUGCGUUAACCAGCAUCAAGUUGCGAAUUGGAAUGACAUUUGUCUCAGAAGAUGUCAAAGUGAAUGUCUUAAGCUCUCUUCUUCAUCUUCUUCAUCUUCUUCUUCUUCUCGUUUUUCUUGAAUUUGGAAGGCUAUGAAUGAUUUGUUGUUGUUGUUACCUUUUAAAAUGGAAAUGGAAUUUGAGUUGAACUUUUAUAAGUUA